ACCAUUUCUCUGACCAGACGGGCAUUGGAAGAAAGAAAGAAAUUAAAAAAAAUGGCUUCUCUGUCUCUUUCUCCGGUUCAAUUAUUGGCGGUUGUUUUGGCAAUUACGGCGUCGUUCUGUAAGAUUGAGGAGGUCGACGGAACAAGAGACGGACGAGGAGUACUAUUUGGUUAUCAGAGGGAGUUCGAUUACUUCAACUUGGCUCUUCAAUGGCCUGGCACUGUCUGUCGCCGUACUCGCCGUUGCUGUUCUUCCAAUGCUUGUUGUCGCGGAUCAAAUUCGCCGACUGAAUUUACAAUCCAUGGACUCUGGCCUGACUACAAUGAUGGGACUUGGCCUGCCUGUUGUAGGCGAACUAAUUUCAAUGAAAAAGAGAUUUCAACAUUGCUUGGUGCCUUAGAGAAGUAUUGGCCAUCGUUAAGUUGUGGUUCAUCAUCAACUUGCUACAGUGGAAAAGGGUCAUUUUGGGCUCAUGAGUGGGAGAAGCACGGAACUUGUAGUUUUCCUGUCACUCGAGAUGAAUACAGUUACUUUUUAACCACCCUCAAUGUGUACUUUAAAUAUAAUGUCACAAAAGUAUUGAAUGAAGCUGGAUAUGUUCCUUCUAAUACUGAGAAGUAUCCCCUUGGAGGCAUUAUCUCUGCCAUUCAGAAUGCUUUCCAUACAACACCUAAACUUGUUUGUUCGAAAGGUGCUGUGGAGGAACUUCAUUUGUGCUUUUAUAAGGAUUUCAAGUUCCGGCGUUGUGCUGCCUCAAAAAGCUCAUGUCCCAAAUACGUUAGCUUGCCAGCUUAUUCAUCCCGAGGUAGGGCUUCAUGGUAACAAUGCUUCAAUUUUAUGGUUGCAUGAAAACCAUGCUUGCCGAGAUCCUGUUAGGGUCACUGUGUUGUAAAUUUGAUCUGCAAUAAAUUGAUACUCACAAUCAUGUACGAAAUUCUUGCAUUGUGAUUAAUUUAUGAUCUGCAAAUAGUUAUGUUCUUUAA